GGAACAAACUAGCGCAGAGAGGGAAGAAAAGCACCACAACAUGCUCACUGUGAACGCGUCUCUGUGCGCUCUAUAGCAAUUUCCAAUUCGCUCAGCCUUUAGCUGUUCGGUCUGUCAGGGUGUGGUCGUCUUUUCGGAGAUCAGUGCUGCACGUUGGCGCGUUUUAUACGCGCGUCAAACUUGUCAGAAGAGACUGGAAGUGCCGGACGCCAUCUUUAUUACCGCUCAGGGAGAAGGCGAGUGACUGGGCCACCGUUAGCCCGGGCUGGAGUUUCACUAUCCUGGACCAGCUCCUUAAUGCACUUCCAUAAGUUAUCGACAGUUUGAUUAUGCCGUUUGAUGAGUUAUCCAGAAAGCCCUAAAACCGGACAGAUAUUUGGGUAAACAGCUGUCGUGUUCGAAUAAUAAACACUUUGUGGACUAUUUCUCGAGUUGAACCCUAAAAGCAGCUACGCUAACUGCCUUAGCCACCCAGCCUGGCUGAGGGAAGGGUGUAUAUCUGUAUGAGGUCAUUGUCCUGCAGAUGAGCCAUAUCCGGGGGCUGUUGCGUCGCAGACCCGGAUAAUCCCUGGUGGCUGCGGCCCAGGCCCCGCCCCUACCCAGCAUGCCCAACGCUGUUCGAGCGGGGAGCCUGAAGGACCCCGAUAUCUCUGAGCUCUUUUUCAAGGAGGAUCCUGAAAGACUAUUCACUGAUCUCAGAGAGAUCGGACAUGGCAGCUUUGGCGCGGUUUACUUUGCACGAGAUGUGCGCACCUCAGAGGUGGUGGCUAUCAAGAAAAUGUCCUAUAGUGGAAAGCAAACCAACGAGAAAUGGCAAGACAUAAUCAAGGAGGUGAAAUUUCUCCAGAAUAUAGAGCACCCAAACAGCAUUGAGUAUAAAGGAUGUUACCUGAGAGAGCACACAGCAUGGCUGGUAAUGGAGUAUUGUCUGGGUUCUGCUUCAGAUAUCCUAGAGGUACACAAAAAGCCCUUACAAGAAGUGGAGAUAGCUGCAAUUACCCAUGGUGCUCUGCAAGGGAUAGCUUACCUUCACUCCCACAACAUGAUCCACAGGGACAUCAAGGCUGGGAAUAUCCUGCUGACUGAACCUGGCCAAGUAAAACUGGCUGACUUUGGCUCUGCUUCCAUUGCUUCCCCUGCUAACUCAUUUGUGGGAACUCCAUAUUGGAUGGCCCCAGAGGUGAUCUUGGCUAUGGAUGAGGGACAGUAUGAUGGCAAGGUGGAUGUCUGGUCUUUGGGUAUAACUUGUAUUGAAUUAGCGGAGAGAAAACCUCCACUUUUCAACAUGAAUGCAAUGAGUGCCUUAUACCAUAUAGCACAGAACGAGAGCCCAGUCCUGCAGUCAAGUGAAUGGACUGAUUACUUUCGAAACUUUGUGGACUCCUGCCUUCAGAAACUGCCUCAUGACAGACCCACUUCUGAAGAGCUUUUGCAGCACGUCUUUGUGUCGCGCGAGCGAGCCGCAUCCGUGCUGGUGGACCUGAUCCAACGCACCAAAGAUGCUGUGAGGGAGCUGGACAACCUGCAGUACAGAAGGAUGAAGAAAAUUAUCUUCCCUGAUCCACAAAAUGGGCCUGUGGCAGAGGCCCAGGAUGAGGAGGAGGAGCCGGAGCAUACAGGCACAGUGAACAGUGUGGGUAGCAACCAGUCUAUCCCCAGCAUGUCCAUCAGUGCUAGCUCUCAGAGCAGCUCUGUCAACAGCUUACCUGAUGCUACUGAGGACAACAAGAGUGAGCUGGACCUGCUGGAGGGAGACCACACAGUCAUGUCCAACAGCUCUGUCAUACACCUUAAACCGGAAGAGGAGGAGAGUCAACCAGAAAUAACCCCAGAGGUCCCCAGUGAGCCACCUGAAGAACAGUCUCCUCCUGCACAGACUCCUCGCCGUCACCACCGCAACAGAGAGCAUUUUGCUACCAUCCGCACAGCCUCACUGGUGACGCGUCAAAUUCAGGAGCAUGAGCAGAACUCUGAGCUACGGGAGCAGAUAUCUGGGUACAAGCGAAUGCGGCGGCAGCACCAAAAGCAGCUGUUUGCUCUGGAGAACAAGCUCAGGGCAGACUUGGAUGAACACAGGCUGAAAUUAGACAAGGAGUUGGAGAGCCAGAGGAACAGCUUUGCUACUGAGAUGGACAAACUUGUCAAGAAGCACCAGGCAGCCUUGGAAAAAGAUGCAAAGAACUUUGCCAAUGAUGAGAAGAAGUUCCAGCAGCACAUCCAAAGCCAGCAGAAGAAAGAACUUAACAGCUUCCUGGAGUCCCAGAAACGCGAGUACAAGCUGCGCAAGGAGCAACUUAAAGAGGAACUAAAUGAGAAUCAAUCCACACCAAAGAAAGAAAAGCAAGAGUGGCUAUUAAAACAGAAGGAGAACUUGCAGCACUUCCAGGCAGAAGAGGAGGCAAACCUUCAACGCAGGCAGCGUCAGUACUUGGAGCUAGAGUGCCGCAGGUUCAAACGCCGUAUUCUUGUUAUUCGGCACAAUGUAGAGCAGGACCUGGCAAGAGAGGAGUUAAACAAGCGUCAAACACAGAAGGACCUGGAGCAUGCCAUGCUGCUUCGACACCAUGAGUCCAUGCAGGAGCUGGAGUUCAGGCACCUGAGCACCAUCCAAAAGACACGGGCCGAGCUCAUUCGCUUACAGCACCAGACUGAGCUCACCAACCAGAUAGAGUACAACAAACGCAGAGAGAGAGAGCUUCGACGCAAGCAUGUCAUGGAGGUCCGACAGCAGCCCAAGAGUCUGAAGCUCAAAGAGGUUCAGAUUAAGAAGCAGUUUCAAGAAGCAUGUAAAAUCCAGACACGGCAAUACAAAGCCUUGAAGAACCAACUGCUGGAGAGCACGCCCAAGUCAGAACACAAAAUGAUGCUAAAGAGGGUGAAGGAGGAGCAGACACGCAAGCUGGCCAUCCUUGCAGAGCAGUAUGACCAUUCAAUCAAUGACAUGCUCUCCACACAGGCUUUGCGGCUGGAUGAGGCACAGGAGUCUGAGUGUCAGGUAUUGCGGAUUCAGCUGCAGCAGGAACUGGAACUGCUGAAUGCAUAUCAAAGUAAGAUUAAGAUGCAGACGGAGUCACAGCAGGAUCGUGAGAGGAAGGAGCUGGAGCAGAGAGUAUCUUUGCGCAGGGCUCUGUUGGAGCAGAAGAUCGAAGACGAGAUGCAGUCUCUGCAGAAUGAUCGCUCGGAGCGUAUCCGCAGCCUGCUGGAGCGUCAAGCUCGAGAGAUUGAGGCCUUCGACUCGGAGAGCAUGCGCCUCGGCUUCAGCAACAUGGUGCUGGCCAAUAUCUCUCCUGAGUCACUGAGCAACAGCUUUCCUGGAGCACCAGCCAGCUGGGCUCACUCAGCCAAUCCCCAGAGUUCCCAGUGGAGCUGUUGCUCAGGCUCUGGCCUUCAGUACCACGCAAAUCAGGGAGGAGCACCUGGCCAGCAGGUCUGGGGAGGAUCUGUCUCAGGAGCAGCACCUCCACAGUGGAGCCAUGCAGCGGGGGGCCUCCUGGGGGCCGUGCCAAAGAGCAGCGGGAGUAUGGCCAUGAGAAACAGCCCACAGGCCCUCAGGAGGACCACUUCAGGGGGGCACAGUGAGCAGAACAUGAGCAGGAGCACCAGCAUCACCUCUCAGAUAUCCAAUGGCUCCCACCUAUCCUACACAUAGAUCCCAGAGUACCAGUGCCAGGCCUACACACACAUAAACAAACACGCGCUUAAAAACAGGUUACGGGACAGAUCAUGGGCACCUAGAAUCAGCUGAAUGGCACACUAACCUGCUUGUCUAUUUGAUUCACUCACACACGCAGCAUGUGAGGUAUAGAUAAGCAUUGCUCAGGUCAAUAGCUAUUCUGUCUGUGCAGGACAGUUAAUUGGCCUACAUGCAGAGCUAGAAUUUGUCUAACACUGCAAUUUACAUGAUGCUCUGUUGAUUUCUGUGAAUCCCUUUUACCUGUCUUUGCAAUCAACACUAUAACCGUUUAAAAUGCAUGUACAUUAUGUAUGAUGUAUACAGAGAACAUUUUAAACAUUUCUGCCCAUUUCUUGAACUCCACACAGCUGCACUGUUGCAUUUAAAGAGCAGGUCGAUGUUGAACAGACAGCUAGACAGAAGUGUUUUAAUCAUUUUUAGACAAAAUGCCAAAAUCAACCCAACUUUUAGAGAUGCUUACAUUCCCAUCCUGCCACAGUGCCAGCCUGCUGUUAUGCCCCGGGUGAAUCAGGUGAACGUUCGUCUUCGGAGAGAAUGUUAAAUUAUAGUUUGUCUUAACAAAAAUGUUAUUUGCAAUCACCUCAUGAUUGUGUAAUAUGGGGGAGAGAUGGAGGUCUUCAGUGUGUGUGUGUGUAGUCAUACACUUGUUUUGCCAGACAUGAGGAUUUUGGAUUUUAUUUUAAUGCGAUUUGGUUUUAUUGGUUGGGAUUUUAAGAUUAACGUCUUUUAAUAGACAUUGUACGUUUAUCAUCCAUAACAGUGCAAUAGUAUUUUUUUAAAAUCCAGAUUAAAAAUGUUAGUUGUGUGGAGUCUCAGCUAAUGCCAACAGGACUGUUUGUCAACAUUGUCACCAUCAUGUUUUAGAAAGUAUUCAGAUCUUUCCUUUCCCUCACACAUGCCAAAGGGACCUUCACCACAAUUUGUACGUUCAAAACAAAGGUUAGAAGUUAUCAAGCACCUCGAAUAAGUGAAGGAAACGUUACACAUCAUGUCCUUUACAUUUUAUUACUAGAUUGACUUAAACCUGGUUUGUUUUUUAUAGAGCUUUGCCCUUUCGUUUAGCAACUUACAGAGCCAAAGACCUCAGGUAUGUUGUCACAGUUUGAGCUUAGUGAGUGCCUUUUAAUUCACGGUUGUAUUCUGUAGACAGUGUGUAUAUGCAAGGGGUUGAAUGUUUUACGUAGACCUGUGGGGGGAAAAAACUCCCAUUCUGUGUCGUGUGUUAUUCUGGUUAGUGACGUGUUGUGGACUGGAAAAAAUUUGUCCAUAUUCUGCUGUAUAAAGUUCUGAAUUCUACACACUUUCAUCUUUUACAUUUAAAUUGACCACAAGUAAAGUUCUAUAAUUUGGUUACUGCAAUCAUGAAAUUGAGUUCAGAUUUAUUUAAAAUAUUCCCACUUUGUUAAGGGGGUUGGGGGUGUAUGGUUACUUAAGGUUAAUGUAUCAGAGUAUAUUGGACCAAAAUCUGAUCUUUUAAGGGUUUUCUUUUGGUGGUUCGUCAUAAUUCAGCCAAAGUGACAUCAGUGAGAAAUUUUUCCAUUCUGACACGCACAGAAGUAUAGAUCAGAAGUACCUAAGGUUUUAUGAUUGAAACUGAACGCCAUGCUAGAAAAAGGUUGGGAUGAAAUGGAUGGAGAUGCUGUGCAUACUUAAAUUUAGCUAAUGUUUUAAUGCCAUAUGCAAUAGAUAGUGGUUUGUGGUGCCUUCUUUAAAAGGAAUGCCAAACAGUAGCACUUUAUGUUGUGUGAAGUUUUUUUUGUUUUGUUUUUUUAAGCUAAUUGCUUUGACACUAUAUUACUAAACAUUCUUGAUUUUUUUUUUUUCCCCCCUUUCAAUUUUUUUCCUGUUUUUCUGGCUCAGUAAAAGACAAGCCAGGACCCAACAUCAUAAUAACACCAAAUACAGGCACAGGUCUUCCAUGUUCUGAUUGUGAGAGUAACUUUUACUGCAGUCGCCAUGUAUUACUGAUAGUUUGUUUAAACCAUUCUGAACAAAGUGGGAGGCAGAAAACCUGAAUGAAUGUAGAAUGAAUGUAUUUAUUGGCAGCAGCCUGAUCAGGGCAGAAUGCUGUGUGUUGGAGACUAAAGGAUGUCUGAAGGGAAGAGGACUGCACAUUGCGUUAAUCGAUAAGGGCAUGACAGCAGGCUCAGCAGUGCAAAUGGCAAAUCUGUAUGGGAGCCGGCGCUCACUCAGGACAAAGUUAAAUAGCUAAACUGUUUGAUUUUGGUGUGAAUAUGAACAUUUGCCAGACAAAGCUUUAGAUGUGACCAAACACUGACGGGGAAUAUUGGUUUUUCGCUUUCAUCCACGCUCUUGCUUGGUCUUGUGCUCUGUGGAGUAGGUAGCGCUGCUUGGAGCUCUGGGUACAUGAGUAGUGUUGCUGAUGCCCCUGUGAGCCCUUUCUCUUGGACUUCCACCUCUUUCUCCUCCUCAUGUGCUCAUCACACUAAGCCAAGGUUUGCCUGGAUCAAGUGUUUCGGCUGACGGACGAGUGAAUGCACUUUGAAACAAAAAUUGUUUGCUCUCCAAAUCAGUUUUGUUUACACUUUGAAAACGGUGACUGAUUGGGAUCCAUAGUGAUUGAAUUAUUAUUUUUUCACCUUUUUAACAGAUUCUGAUGCACGCUUUUUAUUCCUUCCUUGUAUUGUUUUUCUUUUACUAUUGUGCACUUGUGAGUAAAGUAGAUUUGUUCUCUCUCACUCUCAAGGCAAGUCAAAUGAGACGAGGCACUGGUGUAUGUUUUCUGUUUUAGUUUAGCUUAGUUCUGUUUUUAUUCAAAUCUUCUGAUAUUUUUUUUAUAACCCCAAAUCCUUACUUACCAAAAUGCACCAUCCUUCAAAGACAAAGUUUAUUGAUAUAGUUUAUUUAAUUAAUAAUCACAAUGCUUAAAUCCAGGUGUGUGUGUGUCUGUGAAAUGUUCAUACUGUAGAUUAAAAACAUAGUCUAAAAGUAGUCAUUGUGAAACCUCACGUCGAGAAAGUUACUGAGAAUAUAUGAACUGGUUCGACUAAAGUUGUGCAAGUGGAGAAUUACUCUGGAGGAGUCUCCAGGUUGGAUUUCAGGGAUUUGUGUGUAUUUUACACUGCACACUUUUUGUUCUCCCGAUUCCAUGAAAGAGUUCGGACAUCAGCUCACAGCAGUGAGUCUGCAUCAGUCGCAUUCAUCAUGAUUCGUUGUUUUUCUCCGUCGCGUUUAUGAUACACCUUCUCAAAUGAAAGCCUCAGACUAUAAUGCUUUCAUUGUAUAAGAAAACUGGUGAAAAUGAUCACUCAGAUCUCCUCCCAUAAACAAUGGCUACAGUCCUGAUGGAACAGUAGCACAAUCGUAGUUUAAACAUUAGACUGUAGGCUUAAUUUGGCUGAAUCAGUUUUCUGGUUUUAAAUCUUUUAUCUUUGUGAUUAGAUACAUUAAUACUUUUUUUUCCCCCUUCAAUCGUUAUUGUUUACUUCCUUUGUCUGGAUAAAGCAUUGAUUCUUUUUAUAUUUAAAUUUUUUUAUUAAUUUUAAACUUUUGUUCUACUGAUUAAAUUUAGGGGAUGUGUAAUACUGAUUACAGAAAAUACUGGUAUCCGUUGUAUACAUAUAUUCAUCUUACGUUUUCUAGGUGUUGGUGGUUAAUCCUCCAAUAAAAACACUGUGCCAUCUCACAGCAGCCAAACUUCGUCACUACUGCGGCGUCUCCUCUCCAGUGAAAUCAGAAGUGGUCAUUUUACAGAGUAUUUCACUCUUAUUGCCAACGUGGAAGAUAUAAAAAGGAUCAUGGGGCUUGUAAAAGAUGAAAUGGUACAUUUCUGUAAAGAUUAAUGUCAGUAUUCAUUGUUCUCUGGUUGAGCAUCACCACUACAGUUCAUAUGUAAUCUGUAUCAAAAUGUAUAGAUUGUGAAACAUGUAACUGAAUGUCUAAAAGAUUUGUUUGAGAUUAUAUUAAAGUAUUCAUAAAUCAGAGAGAGAAAAAAAUCACAUCUAGGGUUUAAUGAACAAUUUAGCUUGUACUGUAUUGUCUUGAUGGAGGAAUAAUGGAGAGAAGAUUGGCUGUAAUAAAAUCAUUUUAGUACAAA